CACAAAGUUGUGCGUUGAAAGUGGCUUGGAAACUAUUUCCGUAUUUUCAUGAAAAUUCUUGUACGAAGUAGUGCCGCGAAAUGUUGGCUAGAACAUCCCGUCUGAUGGCCAGAUCAUGCAGUUCAUACACUGGCAGUCGAUUCGGCCGGAACGAUCUAAACAUGCCCCCGAUAUCGAACGAAAAGCUGGGCGCUGAAGGCAAAAAGCCGUUCACCGUGUUCGUAGAAGGGAACAUUGGCAGCGGGAAAACAACAUUCCUGAACCAUUUCCAGAAGUUUGACGAUGUUUGCUUGUUGACUGAGCCGGUGGAAAAGUGGCGUAACUGUGGCGGUGUUAAUUUGCUGGACCUCAUGUACAAGGAAGCGUACCGAUGGGCUAUGCCAUUCCAAACGUACGUCACUCUGACGAUGCUCGACAGGCACACGAGCAAGACGGAUAAAUCGGUAAAGCUGAUGGAGCGGUCGUUGUUCAGUGCUCGACACUGCUUCGUGGAGAACAUGCUCGCCGCUGGCACGUUGCAUAAUGGGAUGUACAAUGUUCUCCAAGAAUGGUACGACUUCAUUUGCUGCAAUAUUCAUAUUCAGGCGGACUUAAUUGUUUACCUGCAGACCAGCCCAGAAAUUGUGUACGAGCGCAUGAUGAAGCGUGCCAGGUCGGAGGAGAGCUGCGUUCCGCUUCAGUACCUCAGAGAGCUACACGAUCUUCAUGAAAACUGGUUAAUACACGGAACCGCUCCUCGUCCAGCACCGGUUCUAGUUCUGAAUGCUGAUCUUGAUCUGAACACAAUCGGCACGGAGUACGAGCGCUCCGAAACGAGCAUUUUGAAGCCCAUAUUAAUCGAGAACACACAGCAGCACACCAUUCUUUCGUCGCCUUCCAAACGGUCCAAAACCGAUUUCUAAUUUGCGCGGAAGGGCUUUUGGCAACUCGUAUUUCCAUACUCUUAAUGACUUUUAAUUUACAUAUAAAACCAUUGAUUAUACAUUAAUAGAAUUGGUUUAAUUAGUGCAGGAUGUUUGUUUUACUAGCAAAAUUGUAUCAAUUUGAAAGGACGUGUGUUUCAAUAAAAGCGACCAAGUGAAAA